AUGUCACGAUUCUUCUACCGCGGCGGCAGCGACAGCGAGUCCAGCUCCUCCGAUGAGAGGAGGAGGAUCGACGAGAGCAGCGAUGUAGACGACAGCUCUCUGGAGGACUCGGAUGAGGAGAGCGACGACGAGAAGCCUACCAUCGUCAAGAGUGCCAAGGAUAAGCGACUUGAGGGUCUGGAGAACACCAUUCGCCUGAUCGAUAAUGCCGAGAAGAUCAACGACUGGGUUGUUAUUUCGAACGAGUUCGACAACUUGAACCGCCAGAUUGUUAAGAUUACCCAGUCGGGCCCGACCCCCAAGCUCUAUGUCAAGGCCGUCGCCGACCUCGAGGACUUCGUCAAUGAGACUGCUGCCAAGCAGAAGCAGGCCUCAAGCAAAAAGAUGAAUGCUAGCAACCAGAAGAGCUUCAACGCCGUCAAGCAGCGUAUUAAGAAGAACAACAAGGACUACGCCGCUCAGAUCGACAAGUACCGUGAGAACAAGGAGGCCUACCUUGAGGAGGCCGAAGAGGCUGAGAAGCCGGCCGCCCCUGCGCCCAAGCCCACCAAGGUUGAGAAGAUCCAGAACUUCGUCGCUGCUGCCUCCGCUGCUGCAGCCGGUGAGGAUGAUGGCUUCGCCACCGUUGGCCGUGGUGGUAAGACCAUGCAGUACACUUCAGAGAGCAUCCUCAAGCACCUGCGUACGAUUGUUGAGUCGCGAGGAAAGAAGAACACCGAUCGCAUGGAGCAGAUCAAGAUCAUGGAGAAGCUCCUUGAGGUCGCUACAUCGCCCUACCAGCGUAUCCGCAUUUACCUGACUAUUAUCUCCACCCGCUUCGACCUUACCGCUAGCUCUUCCGCCAACUACAUGAGCGCCGAGCAAUGGAAGCAGGCCGACGACGAAUUCGCCGCCCUUCUGGCCGUUCUGGAGGAGAACCGUAACAUCAUUGUCAGCGAGAGUGCUGACGAGUGGGAGGAUGACGAGAAGCAGCCCCAAAUUGUGCCUGGCGAGACUUUCUACGUGCCCGGAAGCAUCGUCUCCUACAUUGAGCGUCUCGACGAUGAGCUCACCCGCUCCCUGCAGCAGAUCGACCCUCACACUGCCGAGUACAUUGAGCGCCUCAGCGAUGAGCAACAACUGUACAACAACAUUGUGCGGACACAGCUUUACGCCGAGAGCUUGAACGCCGGUGACAAGAACGAUGCCCGCCAGGACAGCGUUAACCGUGUCGUUAUCCGUCGUUUGGAGCACGUCUACUUCAAGCCUGCUCAAGUGGUCUCUAUCCUCGAGGACUCCACCUGGAAGGCUCUUCCCGAGGAGCUGGACUCCCCUGUCACCCCUCGCAGCCAGGCCGGUGAUGUCUCGGCUCUCAUCCAGACCCUCACCAACUACCUGUUCCAGUUCAGCGACGGCAUUAUUCGUGCUCGUUCGAUGCUGUGCCAGAUCUACUUCCUUGCCCUGCACGACCAGUACUACCGCUCUCGUGACCUGAUGCUCAUGUCCCACCUGUCCGAGAACAUCUCCAACUUCGAUGUCAGCACCCAGAUCCUCUUCAACCGCACUUUGGUUCAGAUUGGCCUGUGCGCUUUCCGCGCCGGUCUUAUCUACGAGGCCCAGAACACUCUCGGUGAUAUCUGCGGCAGCGGCCGUCAAAAGGAGCUACUCGCUCAGGGUAUCAUUCUCCAGCGCUACUCUACUGUCACCCCCGAACAGGAGCGUUUGGAGCGCCAGCGCCAGCUGCCCUUCCACAUGCACAUCAACCUGGAGUUGCUUGAGUGCAUCUACCUGACCUCCAGCAUGUUCCUCGAGGUUCCCCUCAUGGCUCAGACCUCACCUUCCCGCCGCAUGCUCGACUACAACGAGCGCCAAGUCUUCACUGGCCCACCCGAGAACACCCGUGACGGUGUGAUCAUGAGCGCCAAGUUCCUCGCUGCCGGCGACUGGAAGAAGGCCGCCUCGAUGCUCGCCUCCAUCAAGAUCUGGGAUCUGAUGCCCCAGCCCGAGAAGGUCAAGGAGAUGCUGUCCCAGCAGACUCAAGAGGAGGGUCUGCGCACUUACCUCUUCACAUAUGCCCCCUUCUACGACAGCCUCUCCAUCUCCUCGCUGGCUGACAUGUUCGAGCUCCCCGCUAAGAAGAUCACCGCCAUUAUCAGCAGGAUGAUCUCACACGAAGAGCUCGCUGCGGCUCUCGACCAGGUGAACGACGCUAUCGUCUUCCGCAAGGGCGUCGAGCUUUCCCGCCUGCAGUCCCAGAUCGUCACCCUGGCUGACAAGUCGAUGGUUCUCCUCGAGUCCAACGAGAAGACCCUCGAGCAGCGUACCCAGGGUAUGGCCAAUGCUUUCCAGCGCGAGCAAGGCCCCGGGGCUCGUGGCGGCCGUGGCCGCGGAGGUGCCAACCAGGCCCGCGGUGGUCACCGUCUGCCGGGCGGGCAGGGCCGGAGACCAGGUGGUCAGCAGUUCGGUGGCGGUGCAUUGGGUGGUGCUAUCAAGGCUUAA